AGGAAAAAUAGGAAUACGACCCGGAAAACAAACAGAGCAUCAACUUGUUUAUCAACGUUUAAGAAUAAACUUCCGUGUAGUUUUAUAAUGUGAAAGCUGGAGGAUUUGAGAUCCUGUAUCUUGUAAAACUAGUUUGAUCAAGCAUCCAGAGAUGGAGAUUUCUCUCAAGGACACAGUUCAGUCCAGCAGAAGAGCUCAAACCCAGAGUCCAGCUGUGUGUCUGUGAAGAGUGACCACUCUAUGGGUCAGCCAAUGAAGUUUAACAGUGGAGACAAACGGCCUGAUCUCAGUUUGAAAACCAGUUCAGUCCAGCAGAAGAGCUCAAACCCAGAGUCCAGCUGUGUGUCUGUGAAUAGUGACCGCUCUAUGGAGAAACCAAUAGAGUUUGAGAGUGGAGACACACAGCCUGAUCUCAGCCAUGACUCUAAAGCUGCUGAAGUCCUCAACACACUGAGAUCAAAUCUGAGACAGAAGUGUGUGUGUGAGGGAAUAUCAAAGCAGGGAAAGCCAACAUUCCUGAAUGAGAUCUACACAAAGCUCUACAUCACAGAGAGUGGAAGUGGAGAGAUCAAUAAUGAGCAUGAGGUGAGACAGAUUGAGACACAGUCCAGGAGAGCAGAAACAGAGGACACACCGAUCAAAUGCAGUGACAUCUUUAGACCUUUACCUGGACAAGACAAACCCAUCAGAACUGUGCUGACAAAGGGAGUCGCUGGCAUUGGAAAAACAGUCUCUGUGCAGAAGCUCAUCCUGGACUGGGCUGAAGGGAAAGAGAAUCAGGACGUCCAGCUCAUAUUUCCACUGGCUUUCAGAGAGCUCAACUUGAUGAAGGACAAAACACUCAGUCUUUCAGAUCUUCUUCAUCGCUUCUUCCCUGAAAGCAGAGAAAUGGCCAUAUCCAGUGAUGAGUAUAAAGUGCUGUUCAUCUUUGAUGGUCUGGAUGAGUGUCGCCUGUCUCUGGAUUUUCAGAGCGAUGUGAGGUUGUGUGAUGUGACUGAAUCAGCCUCAGUGGACGAGCUGCUGACGAACCUCAUUGUGGGGAAUCUGCUUCCCUCGUCUCUCAUCUGGAUCACCUCCAGACCAGCAGCAGCGGAUCUCGUCCCCUCUGAGUGUGUCCAUCGAGUGACAGAGGUACGAGGCUUCAGUGACACACAGAAGCAGGAAUACUUCAGGAAGAGGAUUCGUAAAAAGAGAUUGGCUAAAAGAAUUAUCUCACACCUGAAGUCCUCAAGGAGCCUCUUUAUUAUGUGCCACAUCCCAGUGUUCUGCUGGAUCUCAGCCACUGUUCUAGAGGAGAUGUUCAGUGAAGCAGAGAGACGAGAGAUUCCCAAGACUCUCACUCAAAUGUACACACACUUCCUGCUCAUUCAGACCAACAUCAAACAUGAGAAGGACUAUGAGAAGAAAGUGAAAGAUGAAGACAUGAUCGUCAAACUGGGGGAACUGGCGUAUCGGCAGCUUGUGAAAGGCAACCUGAUCUUCUAUGAGGAAGACCUGAGCGAGUGUGGCAUUGAUGUGGCAGAAGCAUCAGUUUACUCAGGAUUGUGCACUCAGAUCUUCAGAGAGGAGUUGGGCUUGUGUCUGGGGAAAGUCUUCUGCUUUGUUCAUCUGAGCAUUCAGGAACAUCUAGCAGCUCUAUAUGUGCAUCUCUCCUUUAUCAACAAUAACAUCAAUGUGUUUGACCAGAUUACCAAACCAACUAAUGGAGGCAAAGUGUCCCUAUCUGAUCUCCAUCAGAGAGCUGUGGAUGAGGCUUUACACAGUAGAAAUGGGCAUCUGGACCUUUUCCUUCGUUUCCUUCUGGGUCUGUCAGUGGAGUCUAAUCAGAGUCUCUUACAAGAACUAAAGACACAGACAGCAAACAGCUCUCACAACAAUGAGGAAACAGUUGACUAUAUUAAAGAGAAGAUCAGGGAGAAUCCCUCUCCAGAGAAAUACAUCAAUCUGUUUCACUGUCUGAAUGAACUGGGGGAUCUUUCUCUAGUCAACGAAGCUCAACCUCAUACGAGCCGUGGAGGAUUACGUGCUGUGAAACUCUCCUCGUCUCAGUGGUCAGCUUUAGUGUUUGUGUUGUUGUCCUCAGAGGAGACACUGAAGAGGUUUGACCUAAACGACUUUAUUGGAGGCAGAAAUGAUGGUGUCCCACAAAACACAGGAGAUGAAGUUCUUCAGAAGCUGAUGCCUGUGGUUACAGCAACUAGAUACGCUCUGUUGAUUGAGUGUGGAGUCACAGAUGAAGGUUGUGUUGCUCUGGCUUCAGCUCUGAGAUCAAACCCCUCACACCUGAGAGAACUGAUUCUGUCAUAUAAUAAACUAGGAGACUCAGGAGUGAAGCAGCUUUCUGAUGGACUGGCGAAUCCUCACUGUAAACUGAAGAGGCUGGGGCUACAGAAUUCAUGAAGUGCACGUCACCGAAAGCAAC